AUGUCCUCCAUUCAGGCGUGUUGCAUCUGUUCCUCGGUGCUACAUACGAUAGAUGCGAAGACCGAGAAGCCUGUCAUCGCUGCCCGCCACCUCUCCUGCUGCUCGCGACCCAUCUGCCAACGAUGCAUCGCCAAGAAUCCUCGUUACAACUCGUAUUGCCCGUAUUGUCAGAUCUCCACAGAUCCGCAAUCAACACUGCCUCAUGGUCUACGUGACCCUCCGCCGUACAGCGAUGGUCAAGAUUCUACACUAUCAUUAUCUGAGAAAGACCACGAUGCACCGCCUGCUUACUCCACUCACGAGUCCUCGCAACCUCCGCCAGAAAAGACGCUCGAGAAUGCUCCAGACGUCCUGCAUUUCUUGACUCCUGCCGACACGGCUCUCUCCCUGUCACUUGCCUAUGGUGUGCCCCUUCACGCUCUGAGGAAGGCCAACAACGUCUUUGCAGAUCAUCUCAUCCAGGGGCGAAGGACGGUCGUUGUUCCCGGAGAGUACUACAAGGGAGGUGUGAGCCUCAGUCCCAGACCAAUCGAGGGCGAGGAAGAGGAAUUACGCAAGUCAAAACUACGUCGCUUCAUGGUUACCUGCAAAGUCUCAGAGUACGAUGUCGCGCAACUAUAUCUUGAGCAGCACGAUUAUGACCUGGAUGGUGCCGUCGAAGCCUACCAAGACGACGAGAAAUGGGAGAAAGAACAUCCACUACAGGACAACGGUAAAGGUAAGAUGAAUGCGCGUACUGUGGGCAAGAGGCGUUAUGUUGGAUCAGCGUAA